UAAAACGCGGAUCGAGAAAAAAAGCGUCGGCGCAAAAAAUUGGCGCUUCUUAUCGCGUAAACAUUUUUCUGCAGCUGCAAAUUCUAGUUUACUCAGGUCGAUGUUACGUUUAGUGAUUCACCCACACCAUGUCCUUUGAAAGUAUCUAGCAUGCGUGCUAAAUUUUCAAAAAAGUAGGAUUCUUCGUCAAAUGAAACACAAGACCCGAAUGAGGAUAUGCAGAAUGUCAGUUUGUACUGGAUUUUGGUAGCUAUCUUCUUUCUGGCGUUCGUUUACGUGGGGUGCAGCGAUAAUGUUCAAACAGAUGUAUGCACUUCCGCCUUUAUUAAUGGCGAUUUCAUUAUCGGUGCAUUAUUUCCGUUGCAUCACCAACCUUCGUCUAAAACCCGACACUUAGGUUUGAAAUGUGGCGAAAUUCGAGAACAGUAUGGCAUUCAAAGGGUAGAAGUCGCCCUUCAGACUCUAGAUACGAUCAACAACGACUCCUCCUUACUGCCAAAUCUAACUCUUGGCAUGGAAAUCAGAGACGAAUGUUGGUAUGCCCCUGUGGCUUUAAGAGAAAGUAUGAAGCUUAUAAGGGAUUCGCUCAGUAUCUCGUCCAACAUGAACAUUUGCUAUGACAAUUCCGUAAACCAACAUCGUGGUCCGCUUAUUGGUGUCGUUGGUCCAGGUUCGAGUUCCGUGGCUUUGCAGGUUCAAAAUCUACUCCAAUUAUUCCACGUACCUCAGAUUGGCUAUUCCUCAACUUCUAAAGAUCUAUCCGACAAAAGUAGAUUCAAUUAUUUUUUGAGAGUCGUUCCGUCCGACUACUAUCAAGCUCAAGCUAUUUUAGAUAUCGUCUCAUAUUUUGGAUGGAAUUACGUUUCGGCAGUUAACACAAACGAAAACUAUGGACAAUCAGGUAUUCAGGCAUUUCAGGAACUAGCUGAAAACGCUAGCGUGUGCAUAGCCCGAACUGCCUCUGUUUUGAGUGGCGCAGCGGACGCAGACUUUGACAAAAUCAUUCUGGACCUAAGACGAGAUCCGAACGCCACGGUUGUGGUUUGUUUCUGCGAAGGACUGACAGUGAAAGGAUUACUUGCUGCGACAAGAAGAUUAAACAUGACCAAUCACUUUUUAUUUAUUGGCAGUGAUGGAUGGGCUGAUCGUAUGGACGUAACAAAAGAAUACGAGCAAGAAGCCCUUGGAGGUAUGUCGAUUAGGAUUCAUUCGCCUCACGUGGAUUCCUUCGACAAUUAUUAUUUCUCAUUGAAGCCUGAAACGAACAGAAGGAAUCCUUGGUUUGAAGAGUUCUGGGAAGAGAAAUUCCAUUGCAUCUUAAAGGAUAAAAAGGAUACCAGUUUACACAUUUCCAAGAAUACUCAACGAACAUGUACAGGUCAGGAGAGCCUAAAACAAAAAGAUUACAAACAAGAUCCCAAGCUCAGUUUUGUCAGAAAAGCAAUCUACAGCUUUGCUUAUGCUCUGCAUAAUAUGCAUAAUGACAUUUGUGGAAAAGGAUUGGGUGUUUGUAAAGAUAUUUUACCUUUUAAUGGAUCACUUUUUAGAAAUUAUUUGAUGAAAGUUUCUUUUGAGUCGAAUAACGAACUAUUUCGGUUUGACGAAAACGGUGAUCCUCCUGGUAGAUAUGACAUAAUGAAUUUUAGAAAAGUUAAUGGAACGUACGACUACGUACAAAUCGGAACUUGGAAUAAUAGGAGCCUUGUAUGGGCGAGAAAUUUUAACCACCCCCAACUCAAAGGUAAAAAUGUGACCAGUAUUUGCUCAGAAGAAUGUUCUUUAGGAUCGUAUAAGAGCGAAAAGCAGCUGGGAAAUAAAAAAUGUUGCUGGGUAUGUGUCCCUUGUCUUAACGGCGAAAUACUAACAAAAAACAAGACUAGUUGUCAAAAAUGUCCAGCUGGAUUUUCUCCAAAUGAAAAUAAAACAAGUUGUGUUCAACUACCUAUUGUGUUUGUGCGUUGGUUCGAUGGUUCUGCCAUCACAGCAAUGACAAUCGCUGUUUUGGGACUCCUAUCAACCACAUUCACACUAAUGAUAUUUUUGAAAUACAACGACACUCCAGUAGUCAAAGCCUCAACCAAAGAAUUAAGUUACAUUAUAUUAAUAGGAACAGCACUAGCCUACAUGUCAAUUUUUGCAAUGCUCGGUGAACCCUCGAAAUUAAGCUGCACCAUUACUAGAUUUCUGCCCGGUUUAAGUUUCGGAAUGAUUUACUCAGCAUUACUCACUAAAACGAAUAGGAUAGCUCGGAUUUUAGUUAGUAGUAAGAAGAAAUUUCCCAACAGGAAACUAUUGUGGAUGUCAGCAGCUUCUCAGGUGAUAAUAACGUUAUCUAUGGUAUUCGUUGAAGCUGUUAUAGCUGGUAGUAUGUUGUACUACCAAGUACCUGAGACAACUGAAGUAUAUCAGCCUCAGUUUACCUUGCUGGAGUGUAAAAUUACUACAGAAGGAGUUAUAGUGCCAUACUUAUUCGAUUUUUUCCUGAUAUUAUUGUGCACGGUUUACGCUGUGAUGACAAGAAAUGUACCUGAAAAUUUUAACGAAGCUAAAUUUAUUGGUUUUGCAAUGUACACAACGUGCGUGAUAUGGAUUGCCUUUACACCUAUUUAUUAUGGAAGUGGUGCCAAGGUAAUAACAAUGAGUAUGUGCGUUACACUAAGUGCUCUAGUCAAUUGGACAUUUCUCUUCGUCCCCAGAUUAUACAUAAUAAUACUAAAGCCUGAGAAAAACAAUCGAGCAUUCUUUACUACCACGAAAAUCAGGUGUCAUAUUGGCCCUAGAGUGAGCGCAGCCCUUUCGGAGAAAGGCUCCAUGCAUAGCUGGGCCGAGAGCAGUAUAUCUACAUCAACAACACCGCCUGAAAAGUCUUUGAGGAAAGCAGUUUCUUGUCAAACUCUAAGCGAACUAGGCACAAAAAUAAGUUUUCCGGAGUACCCUUCCAAAGAAAAAAAUAAUAAAAUACUAAUAAAAAUUACAGAGACGGAUUGCUGUGAGAAAUUCGAUUGCUCGGUGAAAAAUAUUAAUAUUGUAUUUCCAUAAUUUUCAUCAAUCAUAUAUAAUUUAAAUAUUUAUUGUUUAAUACACAGUAUUUACUUA